UCUCUGAAGCACUGUCUUGUGGGUCAGAAAGAAACACUUGCAGUCUGAUCCUGGUUGCUGCCGCUGUUUGAGACCUCAUGGAGAUUUUGUGGCUUCGGAUCAGCGUCCUUUUGGGACUCUUUCUGACUUGCUCAUCUCUUGCUUUUCCACAAAUGUACCCCCAGCGGGUUGUCUUGUUUCAAAAACCCCAGGCUCCACAGAGACCCUCUUAUGGGGCCCAGCAGCAGCAGGUGCCAAGGCAGGUGAACACGGUCACUGUGCUCUGCCACCCGGACUCYCUGGAGGUUGUGAUCGAAGCUGACAUGUUCGCGACCGGCGCCCCCGUCGACAGCCAGGAGCUGCACCUGGGUGUGGAGAACAGAGAGUUCUGCAGGGCCGAAGCCUCGUCACCAGAGGAGUACAGGAUCGUCAUCGGACUGGAUGACUGCGGCACCAAACACUGGAUGACCGAGGACUCCCUGGUCUACACAAACCUCCUCAUCUACUCUCCUGUGGUGUCUCCUGCUGGGAUUGUUCGCAUGGAUAAUGCUGUAAUUCCUAUUGAGUGUCAUUAUGGAAGGAAGUACAGCCUGUCCAGUUCUUCCCUCAAGCCAACUUGGAUUCCCUUCACAUCAACCCAGUCUGCAGUGGAAGCUCUGGUGUUUAACCUGAAGAUCAUGUCCAGUGACUGGAUGUAUGAAAGAGGCGCCAACGUGUUCCACCUGGGCGAGCCAAUCAACCUGGAGGCUUCGGUGCGAGUCGGUCAUCACAUGGGGCUCAGGGUGUUCAUGAGCAGCUGCGUGGCCACACUUCAGCCAGACAUCAACUCGGAUCCUAAAUACCUCUUCAUUGAGGAUGGGUGCCUGGUUGACUCCCAGCUUCCAGAAUCAAAGGCCCACUUCCUGCCCAGAAUUCAAGAGGACAAGCUGCAGUUGACCAUUGAAGCCUUUAAGUUCCAUGAUGUUGACCGUGGUCAGCUCUACAUCACAUGCCACCUGAAUGUUGUGCCGAUGAAUGAUGCAGAAGCACCAGACAAGGCCUGCACCUUCAUGAAUGGAAGGUGGCGCUCAGCUGACGGCAACGACUACCUGUGUGGUUACUGUAAGAACACAAACGACGUGUCCACAAAGACCAUCUCUGGUGUGUUCAGYCCUCGGGCUUUUGGAAGUGUGCCAGAUGCUGAACACAUGUUGMGAUAUGAGCUGAAGACUAACCAGGCAUGGGACCAUGAGGCGAGCGUGGGUCCACUGGUGGUUCUGCCAUCAAGGAAAAGYAGGCCUCUGCCUGCAGAGGAACUCCCUGAGGUUCUCUAUAACAUCCACAGACCUGCUCUGUACGGCAGCUACUGGAGGAGUGGAGUCAACAGGAAUGCUCAAGAAGGACUAAUCACUGAUUAUACACCAGAACUGGAAGCUGAAGGCGACAAUGAACUAGGAGCUGAAGAGGAAACUGAACCAGAAGACUUGAUCCAGGAGAUGGAAACAAAAUCUGUGGCCAAGAACACAACAGACUCUAACAACCUGAACGGCAACUCUCCGCCAAAAGUAAAGACUGUAAAGAUUAAUGCUACGGUCUCUGACCCUUCAGAUAUUAUUGAUUCAAAGAGCACGAUGGCGCCUGCAGGUGUUUUAGUUGCUCUGAUGUGCUUGGCCUGUGGAGCCACAGACGCCAUCAGGCCCCUUCAAGAGGGUCCGAUGAUCGAUGACGAAGGGAGGGAGUAUAAAUCCGGCCCUCCUCUGGACAGCAGCAGAGCAAAGUUCAGCAACGAACCCACUGUCCGUGUGCGGUGCACCGAGGCGUCCAUGAUCAUCUUCAUCCAGGCUGACUUCUACAGAACCGGCCGUCUGGUGGACCCAGGAGAGCUGUUCCUGGGAGAUGGCGAGUAUUCAAAGGGCAGCCGGUGCCAAGCUGUUCCUGCUGGUGAUGAGUACAUCAUUGAAGCUGACCUGCAGGACUGUGGCUCUACAUUAACUGUCACUGAUGAUGAAGUGAUCUACUCCAACAACCUGAGGGUCUCUCCUGUUGUGGGUUAUCAUGGCAUUACAAGGCUGAGUGAAGCUGUCGUUCCGAUCUCCUGCCACUACAAAAGGAAACACACUGUGAGCAGCACGACUCCGCAGAAGAAACCUCUAACGUUCUCCACUGCAGGAGRUUCUCCUUUCUCCCUCAAACUGAUGACUGAUAACUGGUCAGAUGAGCGGUUUUCCAACAACUUCCUCCUUGGUGAGCCCGUGCACCUGAAGGCCUGGUACUYUGGUCCUGAGUCCAAGCAGCUGUUUGUGGACAACUGUGUUGCCACUCUGACCCCUGACCCCAAAUCAGUGCCACGAUACUACUUCAUUGAAAAUCAUGGGUGUUUCACUGAUGCAAAAAAUGGAGGCUUAAAUUCGUUUUUCCUGCCCAGAUCAUCAGCUAACACUCUUCAGUUCAAGUUUGAUGCUUUCCUGUUUUAUAAAGAAUUAAGGAACACAAUCUAUAUAACUUGCAAACUCAAAGCUACACGUCCACUGAAGAGCAGUCCUGUCAACAAAGUCUGCAAUUAUGAGCGCUCAAGAUGGACAAAUAUGGAUGGAAAUGACAGCAUGUGUAGGUGUUGCAAUAGUGUCUGCCAUAACAGACAAUCUAAAGAUGUGGUCUGCGACACCUUGGCCCUCGGUCCUUUGCUAGUUUUUCCCAGGAAAUGAUGAACGUAUCUGGAUGGCAAACUCUCAGCACCCUGUUUCAACUGACAGAAAAUUUCAAAAGUACUGAAAUUGUUUUAUUGAAGAGAAGCUAUCUGAAUAAAACUUGAGUUACAAAGUAA